ACGUCUUUAGCGGCGUUUCGGCCUCUCACGAUGACUUCAGUUCUGCGCGGCCCGAAAGAAACAUAAAAAACUGGAACUUAUUAUUAGACCGGCGGAACCCCGAGUUCAUUCAUUCAUACAUUCCAUUCACAUAGAAGCUCAACAGGAAUCGUUUUCUUUAAUUAAUAUCCAACCCCAACCAACUUAACUCCGAUUCAUGAAAUCAAUCAUAUCAUUUUAGAAUAAACACUUAAUACAAUACACAAAAAGAGCGCAAUAUAAUAUAUCCAUCCAUAUAUAUAUAAUGGACUAUUCAACGCCCCCAUUCGAGGUCUCUUUCAAGGGACUGCUCUUCGACAUGGACGGCACUAUCAUCGAUUCAACAGCCGCAGUCGUCAAGCACUGGCAAACAAUCGGCAAUGAGAUCGGUGUAGACCCGGAGGUUAUCCUGCAGACGUCUCACGGCCGGCGGAGCAUAGACAUGCUCAAGCUGCUCAGCCCGGAAAAAGCCAACUGGGAAUAUGUGAGACACAUGGAGAGCCUGCUCCCGAAACUGCACGGCGCAGACGCGGUCGAGAUCCCAGGCGCGAGGGCCCUUCUCAGCAGCCUGAUAACCGGGUCUGCGCGCUGGGCCAUCGUUACCUCGGGCACGUUUCCGCUGGUCACGGGCUGGCUCGACGUGCUGAAGCUGCCGCACCCAGAAACCCUCGUGACGGCGGAGUCCGUCGCCAACGGGAAGCCCGAUCCGGCAUGCUACCACCUGGGACGGGAGAAGCUCGGGCUGAGUUCUGACGACAGCCCUGACGUCCUCGUCUUGGAGGAUAGCCCGGCUGGCAUCAGGUCCGGCAAGGCCGCAGGAUGCAAGGUACUUGGCCUGGUCACGAGCCAUACGGCCGAACAGGUGCUCGCCGCCGAGCCCGACUGGAUCGUCCGGGAUCUGCAGUCCGUCAAAAUGGUCCGAAGCGAAAAGGACGGUUCCGUGACGCUGCAGAUUUCAGAUGCCUUGGUUGCGCCCGCAUCUGUUUCGAAUGGGAACUGAGGGAUGAAGAAUCGAUAAUUCAAAGACAUUACAACGCCGCAAUUUCCAGAGUCUUAGCGGCAGCAUCAUCAUCAUCAGUAGUAGCAGUAACCUAGGUGACAAGACACACACUGUCGAGGUCACAGCGUGCCAAGACAUUUCAAUUACAACGAUGGGGCGCCAUUUCCCUUACCACUUUGAAGACACGAGCUUGGCAUUGUCUUUUCCGUCACAUAUAGCCCUCCUUGUUCGGCAUAUAGGUUAGGAUUAUCGGGCUUCAUAAAGCGGACCGGCUAACUUCCGGAGGGAGCCUCCACGGGAAAGAAAUAAGAAAAAAAAAGAAAUACACAGGAAUAUACGG